AAAACUAACCUCAAAAGCCAAUCACUAUCUACUUCUCUCCACGCACCACAUCUCAAAGGACCCACAAGGGAGAUAACAUCCGCAGACACCCACAAAACACAACCGAUAACUGUUAACCCAUAACCACCCAAUUCUCCAAACCACUCCACACUUUCCUUUCAACACAAACCAAAAAUUAUGGCCUAAAGCCUAAAAUUAACCAUGUUAACCACCGGCAACUACUCCGACCACCACACCGGCCACCCAGAUCCCACCACCACUCCCAGAGUGCUGACCAUCCUCUCUUACGUGCUGGAGAAACUAGUGGCCCGCAACGAGCAGCUGGUCGAGGGCUUGAGCCAGCAGCAGCAACAGCUGGACCACCAGCAUCAGGGGCUGAUGUUGACUCGGCUGGGAAAGAGCUUGAACGCGUUUCACGGUGUGAGGGCGCCCAGCAUUAGCAUACCCAAGUAUUUGGAGAGGAUUUAUAAGUACACCAGUUGCAGCCCGUCGUGUUUGGUGGUGGGGUAUGUCUACAUUGACAGGUUGGUUCACAGACACCCUGACUCGCUCGUCGUAUCAUUGAAUGUCCAUAGACUGCUGGUUACCAGUGUUAUGAUUGCUUCAAAGAUGCUUGACGAUGUGCAUUAUAACAAUGCAUUCUAUGCACGAGUUGGAGGGGUGAGCAAUGCAGAGCUGAACAGGCUAGAGGUAGAGCUGCUUUUUCUGUUGGAUUUCGGUGUGAUGGUAAGCUCUCGAGUGUUUGAAAGUUACUGCUUGUACUUGGAGAAGGAGAUGCUUUUGAGUGGUGGAGUACAGAAAGUUGAAAGAACAAUCUUCUCCCCUGAAAUUUCAGCCAAAGCUUCUGACACCAUAAGCUCUGAACCUCAUGAUCUAGAGAAAGAUAAUCAGCCUAGUCUAUAAUUUGUAAAUUAAGUUAAUUUAGUAUUUGGGUUAAGGUUUUGAUUUUUAAUUUUCUAAUUUCAUUCUAAAAAGAUACUUGCUAACAAAAUUUUAAAAAUUGUUUAAUUAUUAGGUUAAGUUACAUUUAAAAUCUUAGUUCUCAAAUUAGUUUGAACAUGUAUAAUUAAAG